CCCAGGGAGGUCCCAUCUGAGGUGAAAGCUUCCAGCAUUUCCUCUUCCGAAAUUAAAGUUACUUGGAGACCGCCCAACCCUGGCCCUGGGAGACCAAUGGGAUACGAGGUGUGUGUGUCUGUCUGUGUGUGUGUCUGUGUGUGUGUGUGUGUGUGUGUGUGUGUGUCUGUGUGUGUGGUGUGUGUGUGUGUGCAUUUUACAUUAAAUUUUUCAUUAGACAAAUCUAAAUAAAACAAGUAAAUGUAAAUACUACAAUAAAAGAUCAGUUUAAAAGAGAUCUUCUUCCCUCAGGUGACCUACUGGAAGGACAGUGAGCAGGAGGAGUCAGGGAAGAAGAGGACAGCAGGGAACGAGACGUCUAUGGUGCUGACAGGGCUGGAGGGGAACAGAGUGUACCUCAUCACAGUCAGGGGCUUCAACAGUAUCGGCCAGGGCCCUGCAUCAACCGCUAGCACCGCCAGGACCAGGAAAGACCGUGAGUACACCACUCAUACAAACCUG